GUCCUUGUGGUGGCUCGGUUACUCACCUCAAUCCGGGUGGCAGAGGACAAGUCUCAGUUGCCUCCGCUUCUCAGACAGUCAAUUCGUGCAUCUUAUAACGUGGCUUGCUGUGCAUGACAUUGCGGAGACUCACAGCAUGUGGAGGCUCAUGCUACUCCCCGCGAUCCACGCACAACUUACCACACGCCCCAUUGCGAGUGAGAACCACUUAAUCGUGACCACGAGGAGGUUACCGCAUGUGAUAUACCCUCCCUAGCAACCGGGCCAAUUUGGUUGCUUAGGAGACCUGGCUGGAGUCACUCAGCACACCCUGGAUUCUAAUUCGCGACUCCUGGGGUGGUAGUCAGCGUCAAUACUCGCUGAGCUACCCAGGCCUCUUAAUUACACCAACAUUAAAACAAUACAAUGGUAAGCAAAAUUCAAAUACAAGGCACCAGGCAAUGAACUACAAGUCUAUCCAUAGGCGAAAAACUUGAAAAUGUGCCUCAACAGAAAAUAAUUGCCAUGAAGAUAACAAAAUAUCUGAGCAGCAACAAAAUAAAAUUAUAAAGAGCAAUAUCCUCCUUAUGACCUUUGGUUUAAGCUGCAUUAGCUUUCAGCAUUGGCAACUCCAAGUUAGAAAGCUGCUGGGAAAGCCGAGUACACCUCUUUUUGUAUUUUUCCAUCAUUCUUCUAGCUUAUUUUGGAUUGCAAGGUCACGAUAGUCUUUUGUUCCGUUUGCCUUCACUUUUUUCCAUCCUCGUCUAUGAGGUGUUUUAUGAUGUGCACUUGAACUUUCAGGACAUUCUUGGAAAUGUUGAGCAUCAUUCUGUCUCUGUCGCUGGUCUACUGGAGACUGAGGGGGACUGUUGCUUGUUAAAUACAUCUGUAUUUCCUGUCUUCUAUCACUGGCUCUUUUAUUUCGUUGGUUAACUUUCCAUUGUUGGCAUUUAUGUCUUUUUCUCGUUUUGAAAGCUGGGAGAUUGUUUUAAGCUUUCCUGUCUAAUUUUUUUUGGUAUCUCUUGCAAGGUACUCCUGAUAUUUCACAGGAUCUUCCUUGACUAUGUCUCUGUAUUUUCUAGACAGUUCUGCUGCCGUCUUCAGGGCCAUGAUAUAUUAAAGAGUAAUUGGGAUCACCUGAAAAAAUCCCGAUCAGAGCAACAUUAUUGUCAGACAUUUUCCCAAUCUUACACACCCUCUGCAUGCAAGCUUUAUGUUGAAAUGCUGGUGUUGUAAAAAAUGACCUAGUGUGCAUACUCUUUGUACAGACAUGCCAGAACCCUCUGAUGUAAUGAUAGCCUCUCCAGUUUACCAGCAGCAGCCAUGUGAAGUUUCACAAUUCCUGAAAAUCAAGCCACUAGUUUUUGGGGUUUUGGAAAUAUUGACAGCAUCAGUGGCACUCGGUUUUACAAGCUGGCAAAUAUUUUGGUUCCUUUCCUGUUCACCAGUCUUUUUUAUGUUAACUGGAGUUGUAACAGUCUCAGCUGCAUGCAUACGUAAACCAUGUCUGGUUAAAAUCGCACAAAUUCUCAACUAUAUAAACAUUGUAACAGCUUCUACCUCCCUCCGCAUUAACUUUAGAUUACAUUGGGGUAUGAGAUUUGUUGUCCUUGUGGUCUGCGAUGUUCUGGUCAUACUCUUCUCUAUUAUCAUUGCCUCAUCAUCUUGUUCCUGCUGCUGCAGGCCAAAGUCAAGAAGUACCACGGUCAGUUACAUGAACACAAAUUUGCCUGUUAACAAUAUUGUGUUUGUGGGCCAACCGGACCCCUCUGCAUUUUCACAACCUGGUAGUUCAGUCCUGCACGUGAUGCCAGCAAACUACGGACCCGUUCCGACUGAACCUCCAGGAAACUUCAGUCAACAUCCAACGUCACCUCCACCAGCCUACGAGGACUGUGUGCUCUACGCCCCAGAGACGAGGACGGAGAUGAACUAGAGUUCAGCCGCAAAUCCAUCAACGUGAUAUAAGAAGAAAGAUAGAUUUACAAGUGAACACUGAAAUGAGAUGGCAAAGAGCCUAUGGGUGGUGAAUUUUUAUAUGUAAAUAUUUUAUAGGUCAAAGGCAAAUGGAACACAAGCCAGAGCUACUUUUUGUAUUAUUUUCUUUGUUAUACAUUUAUGAUUUUUUUUUACACCAUUUAUUAAUACUAAUUAAUAGUAUUAAUUACUAUUAGGUGGUUCAAAACACUUUAAACAACUUUAAACAACAGUACAACUUAUUGAAAGUCUGUAAGUCUAUCUGUUACAGCCUCUUUUGUUGUUCCUGUCAAAAAUUAAAGGUGGCACUACUCUGAAUAAGAUUGUUCUACUCUGAAUAAGAUUGUUUACCGGUUAUUAUUGUUUAUUAUAGUAAUGUUUUCAAAUGUAAUUUC